AUGCCCUCUAGCCGCGUCGUGAUAGAUUCAAGUACAGAACCAACACCAACUCCCGAACCACAACAGUCUCAUGUUCAACCCCCACCAUCCCUAGACUCAUUAAUCAUUGGAACUCAAGAUCAAAUCACAACAUUAUCCAAGCACGUACCACUACUCCUACCAAACCACUCCCCUGAUCAACCAUACGCCGAAACACUACAAAACCUACGUUCCUCAUACAACUACACCUAUGUAAUCAACUGGUUAUAUAAUUUCCGCGGAUACUUGAAAUUACACCUGGAAUUUUUCGAUGUUGAUAUUUUUGAAUUGGAAUUGUUGAAUUAUUUUCCUCAAAGCACGUAUGAUGAUGGGUUUAGUAAUGUGAGUCCCGCUGGUUCGAGUUCGGUGUUGUUUAUAAAUAAGUUGAAAUCAGCUUUGAUUCAUUGUUUAUUGGGCAAUAAACAUCCUGAGUUAAGUUUUGAACAAGUUAUAAGACAAAAUUUUGGUAUUAGUACUCCAUUGGGUGGUGUUGUUGAGGAAGUUAUUAAGAUCAAAGAGGAUGGUGAUGAUACUGACCAGGAUGGAAAACAACAGCAACAAGAAGAAGAUGAUCAUGAUUAUGAUGAGGUUGCUGAAGUGAAUGUAGAUAAGCAAGAUUUACCUCAAUUUGAUUAUUUAUUGAUUGAAGACAAGAUUGAAGUGUUGUACAUAAUCAUUGCCUAUAUCGCCACAACAUAUAAAUUCAAAGACUGGAUCGAUCGACAAUUCCCUAACCAACCAGAAUUCUCCCGUAUUGAUCCAAUUUUCAUCACUGAAACCAACACAUCCCCAUCAUCCAACGAUGGAGAUCAAUCGCAAUGGCUCUUGCUAUUUGACAACAAUCGAUUAUACAAGAGAACCAUCUAUUUCCCACAACUUGAAAUACCCAAAAAACGUAAGCUUUCGCCAGAAGUCCCCAACGAAUACUAUCCCUCAUCACGAUUUGAAAUAUCUAAAUCCGAAAUCAAGCUUGAAUUGAUUGCGAAAAACAUAUUUGAAUUCAACAAUUACUUGAUAAAACUUAAACGAAACAAAUUCACGACAUCACCACGUCACUUGAUUAAUAAAUUAACAAGACCGAAAUUUAUUGAAUCAAUAUUCCAAAAUGAAAUCAAAAAACGAAAGUUCAUUGCAAACAAAAAGAAGGAAGUUCAAUUGGCAGGAUUAUUGGCAGUUAGGAAAAGAUCAUCACGGUUGGAAGCUAAACAACAACAACAAAAGCUUUUGCAACAACAACAACAACAACAACAACAAUUGGCAAAUCAAGCUACUGGGUCGCGUACCAUUGGUGGUCGUCAUCUUCGUGAUGUAAGUAAUGGGAAUGGUGAGAGUAAUUUGAAGAUGGGUAGUCAAAGUCGUUUCGAAAGAAGACAACAAAGACAAAAUCGAUGA